CAGCAUCGAAAGAAAAUUUUGCAGGAAGCCAUUUUGAAUGUCAAAUCUGAAUUGCACAUUCGGGAUUGUUGCUGCAUCGAAGAUGUACCGAAAUGAACAUACGUGGGCGCGUGAUCUACGAACUUGGACGUUGGGAGAAGAUCAAAAACUGAUAUUAUUGAGAGCUUUCAGUUAUGACAAUCUAUUUCGGACACGAUGGAGUCAUGUCAAAUAUGUUGUUAAUGAGGACAUUUGGGGCAAAAUGGCUGAGGAACCAAUUUUUGUUCGGAGACAAAAAACCCCGCUGGAGCUGUACGAUCGGUGGUGUUUAUUAAUUGAUAAAUUCGAGGAAAUUCGAAAGGUUCCGAAAGAAGAUCGUUGGUGUAAACAUUAUUGGGAAAAUUACGGCUUAUUAAGACGAUUCUACAAAGACUGUGAAUAAUGAAAUAUUAUUAAUUAUGUCUAUAUCCUAACGUAAAUAAACCUAUAUCCUAACGAAAUAAAAUCGUCUU